UCCUUUGAACAUUGUCUCGACUUUUUCCGUCCGUCGCCAACAUCGCUUUGCACUCACAUGCUUCUUUAAUUGGCGGGAACCCGGGACGUGUUCAGCGGCGCUCGGCCGCGUUGUUUGGGGUGACGGGCGGGAGAGGCGGGGCGGGAGGUGUGGUGGUGGCGGGCGGGGUGUACGGCGCCGCCGAGGGCGUGCGGGAUAAUGGUGCGGGCGGCCACGGUCUUGCAGAUAAUUAAGGUAUGGUUUAAUGGCAGCUGGCAACACUCAUCACGCUUGCCGCGGGUGUCGGCGGCGUCGGGCGUCGCGGCAGGCGGGGCCGCGGCCGCCGCUGGCUGGCCAGUCGUUCCUCGUUACCGUCCGCUUGUUGUCCGGUAAUGGACGGUCUGUUCCCACAAUCCCAAAAUUUAUCAGUAAGUGCAGGGCGAGGGAGAGAUAAAAUAAUUAGAUACUGAACUGAGGGACGCGGAGUUCAUAUAUCACUGUGGCCCGGAAGGCCUGGGCCAGGGGGCGGGCCCAGCCGCGCGCCGCCACCCCGCCGGCCAACCAGAUGGCGGGGCGGCGGCUCCCGCCUGCUCGGCCCCGCCCCCACAGAAUCGCCAGCCCAGUGCCUCCGUCGGUAUUACAAAUACUGAAUGAGAUGUGCCAAAGUGAACUCGGGCCGAUGCUAUCCCUUACCGGCGGCAGAUAAUCGAAAAGCGGGACGCGCAGUGCGAAUCUGCCUUAUCGCGCCGGAGAUCUGUGUGGAGGCCAGCCCUGGCAGGAGACGGCGGGCGGACGGGCGCGGCGUGUGGUCGAGUGCACCUGCAGGCAGCGGAAGGGUCACCUGCUCACCGGCGCCUCCCUCGCCCCGCACAGGCCACGUGGAGGAAGAAACACACCUGCCAACACACACCUGCCAACACACACCUGCCAAGACACACCAGCAAGACUCGCCCAGCAGCACACCUGACCACCACUUGACGCGGCAGGACACCUCACCACUUAGACGUUAAUCACACCACGAGAGGAGAGGAAGAAAACCGAAGCUUCCAUUGACAAGGACAAUAAAAACAAAAAGCAACAAUAUCUCGUCUCACGGAAGGAUCGCAAAGUUACAAUACGUGCAAAAAAUAAGACAAAAACAAUAACAAAACGAUCCCAAAGUUCAUCUAGUCUUCUGGCAAGUAGGAGUAAACACAACAAGUACAAAGAGAAGUACUUACCGUCAGCAAGGGAAGUAAAACAGCCUUUAUUCUCUUCGCCACCACCACGAGGAGUCUUUGAGGAGUCCACAAGUCUGUAAGUAAAUAAAGGAUUUCAAAAUAUCUUCCCGGAGUUUCAAAGAGGAUCUACUUCACAUAUCCUCAAGAUAAAGGGUCAAAGAAAGGGACUUUAAAAGCUCUUCUUGAAACUGUAAGAGGGAAUACACGGAAAAGAGACUGCGGUUCCCACUCACAGGAAGGAAGACUUUAAAUGUAAGUAGUGACACAAAGGAACACAUUACCAUAAGGUAUUUUGGACAACUGAGACUCCCUGUGGAGGAAACUUAAAAUAUUCAAUACCUGAAGGACUUUCAAAGGAAAUCAAGUACCAUAACAGAGAAGGGGAUAAACACUUGGAGGAACUGAAGGAUAGUACAACAUCCUACGUGAGGAAAUAAAAGAAGAAAACGAAACUACUAAAAGACAACAAACACGUCGGAACCUGGAAAAUAAACUGAACAAGAGAGAGAGAGAGAGGGAAACUCAAACAAACCAAAGAAUCACAACCAAAAAAACAACCAAACCUUAAAAACAGAAGAAAAAUCAAAGAACCCUUGAAAAAUCACCCAAAAACCCAGAAAUUAGACGCACUAUUAAAAAAAAAAAACUAAGAAACAAAAACAAAAACAACAGAGGACCCAAGAAUCACCCUAAGGCACGCCAGAAUCUAAAGAGCCAAGCGUUCAAGAGCCAGAGUCCGUAAAGAUGCUGGACAGACAGGAGGAGCCACACAGUCAGGAGGAGGCGGUGUGCGUGGGGUGUGGCGUCAGGAUCACGGAGCGCUGGUUCUCCAAGACGCAGGAGGGGGUGUGGCACAGUGCCUGCCUGAGGUGCUGGGAAUGCCAUCAGCCCCUCGAGGAGAAAUGCUUCGCCAAACACGGUCACCUCUACUGCCGGGAGGACUACUUCAGGAUAUUCGGGUGUGGGCGGUGCGGGCGCUGCAACCUGGACAUCGCGCCCCAGGAACUCGUCAUGCGCGCCCGCCACCAUGUCUUUCACCUCCACUGCUUUACCUGCGCCUCCUGCCACCAACAACUACACAAAGGUGACCACUUCGGCAUGCGGGAGGGCGCCGUGUACUGCCGUGUCCACUACGAACUCAUACUCCAAUCGGAAGCUGAAAUGGAGGCGGUGGGCGUGUCCUCCGGUAUGUCCUUCCCGCCCCUCUCCCCAGCCACGCCCCGCCUCGCCUUCUACAAUGGGGUGGGGGCGGCGCAGAAGGGAAGACCAAGGAAGAGGAAGCCCAAUGAGGAUAUGCCGCCCCUCACGCCCCUUACUCCUGGCAUGGAACUGGUGUCGGGGGGAGAGAUGUCCAUGGAGGCUUACAGGUACGACCCUCAGCCGCCAGGACAGACCAGAACCAAACGCAUGAGAACCUCCUUCAAGCACCACCAGCUGAGAACCAUGAAGUCCUAUUUUAACUUGAACCAGAAUCCAGACGCCAAGGACCUCAAACAGCUGGCCCAGAAGACAGGGCUAUCUAAGAGAGUACUACAGGUGUGGUUCCAAAACGCGAGGGCCAAGUGGCGGAGGAACCUUCUGAAGCAGGAGCAGGAGCGGCACGUUGGCGAUAAGAUGAAGGACCAGAGCAGCCUGCUGACCGACCUGCGACCUGUGGAGUCCCUCGGUCCAGGCCUCACGGACCUCUACGCCAUGUCCUCGGGGGAUGAAGGAAGCCAGUCCCUCCAGUUCACAGAUAUGUGCCAGUAGAAAGGGCGCGGGCAAGACGUAGGGAAGUCAUGCGGUGACGGAAGGAUGUCUGAUAGCCUUUGGACACCGGUACUUCGUAGGACUCAAGGGCAGUCUGUAUCCCGAGUCCUACUGCCCUCCUACACUGAUUCCUUCCUGUCUUGCGAGGAUGUGAGGGCAUGCAGCGGGAGUAAAGAUAGGCACUGUAUGGCCAGGGCGCGGAGCGGGGAGAGUCCUUCAGUGAGAGGUGAGAUGAAGGAGCUUUAGGCACACACACACACACACACACACACACACACACACACACACACACACACACACACACACACACACACACACACGUCUACAGCGCCUCCAUCUGUAGCAUCCUUGAAACGAGGCACCCACAUAAACACCCACCACACACACACACACACACACACACACACACACACACACACACACACACACACACACACACACACACACACACACACACACACACACACACGUCUCGUUCCUCCACGUCGGUGUUGCUGUAAAAAAUAAACAAGUCGAGGACACAUAAGUCAACUUGCUACUCAGUCAGUCAGUCAGUCAGUCAGUCCCUCGACCUUUGUGUACAGACUCAUUUCCUUUUCAUUUCUUAUCGUUACCGUCGUAGUUCAGUGUUGUAGACCAAAACAGAGGAAAGAAUUUAUCGGCGAAAUGUGUAUGCAUGUAGAGCGAAUCAGUCCCAGCCCCCUAAACCUUCACACUUUCUUCUUUUCUUUCUUUUUUUCUUUUUCUUUCCUUCUUUCUUUUCUUUCUUCCCCCAAUGUUCAUUUCCUCGGAUGUUACGAACGGAAAAGGUGAUAAAUGUGUACUAGGUGACUGUAUGAGUGUGGGUAUACAUCUCCAUUCAUCUCUCUCUCUCUCUCUCUCUCUCUCUCGCCAUAUCCCUGCCACGCCUCUGCCUCGCCUCAGCCUCUCUCCUCCACGUCCCACGUCAGGUAAUCACCAUAACGUUCCUGGAGUGACAAGUACAUAAUGCCGCUGUUGUGUGAGAAAGCACGUUCCAUUGCCACAACUCUCUCUCACUCUCUCUCUCUCUCUCUCUGUCUCUCUCUGGUAACGAUGGUUGUACAUAUCAAAGCCACGACAAAUCCGGCUAGGUUUUCCGGCGACAAGGAGCGAAGGAGUCAAACAAAUGCCACUCCUGUCUUUUUCUGAAUCCAGGGCGCUGACAGGUAAGAUCCCUCACUGCCGGGAACACCUGAGCAUCGCCACUCACUAAUAUGCAGGUGAUAGGGAAGGUGAGAAGGGAGGGAAACUAAAGCGGGUGAAUUCACGAUUUUAUAGCGACAAAUUACAAGUUUCCGAGUGAGUUCUUAAAAUUAAAACAUUCGUGGCGAGGUCUUGACAACUGGCGGGCGAGACUGAGGAUACUGUGCUUGAAAAUUGAGUUCCAGCGCCGCAACAAAAGUCAUAAUCGCUGACUAGGGUUAAAAGCGCUACAUCUCCCACCGACAAAUCUCAAUGGGCCGGAAUCGAACUUGAAACCUUUAAAACGAAGCAAGCAUUGUACCACCGAGCCACCGAAGAUACGCAACUAUACUAGAUGGAGGUGCUGAUAUUUUACUUGGAUGAGUUUUAUAAGCUCUCUAAAGUUGAAGAGAAAUUUAAGUGAGUGUGGUUUGCAAUUAUGCCGCGAUUUAUUCUUUGGUUUGUAUUCAGCGGCGUGUUGAGAAGGGAGACACUGAAGAGGAUGUUGCUGUGUUAAAGAAAGGGCAAUGAGUUAACCUUCUGACCGCUAUUUGGUACAUUUCUCCUUAAUUACUAGCCACUCCGAGACACCUUUACUAGUUUUACAGCCACCUGCAAUAUUUAAACUGGGUAAAAUUGCAAAAUACAUUCUUUUUCACCCCUAACUUUCUUGUACAUGCUUAUAAAGAUCUCGCGCAUUGUUUGUGGUUCUGUUAAUUGUUUCGUGGCGCAGUGAAAGGGUUGAAAAGUAACUGAGGGUACCUGUACUCGAGUACCAUAUAUUUGCGGUACAUUUAACGGUACUUAAAUUCAAUGGUAUAAUAUAUUAACAAAUCCUUCAUCUUUCCUGGCACUCGCUGGCUUCUCGCACCUCCAGGACCCUUUGUCUGCGUCGCCUUCACGAGUCUUCGUUAAUAUGCACUCGAAAAACUACAAAAUUUCCUGCAAUGUUUUGAUCAUAACACUUCGAUUUUCUAUUUUUAUGUGAACCUCUGACUUUCCAUCACUUCAAUAUUCUCGCCGCCGCAAACUCAGUCUCUGCUUCGGGUACUUGGAAAUUCCUGAACUCCUGUUUCUGGGAAUUUGAACUCGACGUUUUUUUGGAACACUCGAAACUUCUUGAACUCUGCUUUCCGAGUUUUUUUUUUUUUUUUUCGGAAUACGUGGAAAAUAUUGUCCCUGUGUUGAUUUUGAAUUUCGGACUUUUAUUUUGCUGAUUAUUCACGAUUUAAGUUGCCUUUCGAUUUACGUUUAUUGUGGGACUCUAAAGAUGGCGUCACCUUCAUAACAGACCUCACGGCGUGGCUCUCAAGUGUUCCUGUGGUGAAGAUGCCGUGUCUUUCUGUUGCUGCGAUGGGGAAGGAAAAAAAAAAAAAUACCAGCGUGACAUUUGAUUCCUCAUUGCACCGCCUGACAAAAAAAAAAAAAAAAUAAUAAUAAUAAUAACAAGAUAAUAAUGAAAUCUAACAACACACACGAUCAUUCUUCCACUUUUUCAAGAGAGAUGUAGACCGCCUUCAGAAAACCAAAAAGGACGUUCUUGAUUGAGUCCUCGCUGAGUUCCAUCCCAUUACACACGCGGUAAGACUUCCCUCACCGCCCUCCUUUAGCGUCACAUAACCUCAUUGUAGCGGCGAAAUUAACUCAGUCAACUCAAUCUAUCCUUCUUCCCUUCUUCCACCUCGAGGCAGCGCAGGUGUUCCCAGGUAACUCAAGGUAAUCAGCAAAGCGUUCACCUGCACCCAUGCCGUCAAAAAUAUAAUCUCCAUUUCUCUUUUUUGCGUCCAUGCUAAAGGUGUGAUUAUUCUCGUUUCCCUAAGGAUUUAAUAUUGAUUUUAUAGAGUGAAAGCAUUAUUAUACUAUUUAUUUUCUAUUUAUUUUGAAUGUUGAGGAAAAAAAUAUAUAUACAGGCUUGUGACGCAUGAUUUUAUAUUGGGAUGAAAAAGCUGUUGUUGUGAAUAAGGGUUUAAUGUGGCUGGAUUCCAUUUAAACCAACUAUAGAGGAUCUGAAACUGUUCCAUCCUCUAUACUUAGAUUCCAACACCAAUGCCUACAGGGUUGAGAGUCAUGUGUCUAUUAUGUAUUCAGAAAUAAAGUGACCUCGUUAUUAUUUCCCUUGUAAAGAAGAUAUCUGUGUAUAGGGAAAAAUAGGAGUGUCCGUAUGUCACUUACACACACACACACACACACACACACACAAUUCUCAGCACUAUCACCACACCACAGCCAACCGCAUUCCAUCACCAAACCAGCGCACCACACUUCACACACCACAAACACACUACCACACAAACCCAACACACACACACACACACACACACACCACUAUACACACUGUGACAAACAUACCAAGACAAACACACCACCACAAACACAAACACACCAAUACAUAAACAACCACAGCAAGACGAAUUUUGUUGUUAUUGAUCAGCUGUUUUUUGUUUACUUUCUCGGCGCCGGACACGUGUUUUUCUUCCUUCCUUCCCUCCCUCCCUCCCUGCAUCACGGGCGCUGUGUUCUCUAGUCAUUUAGUAACUAAUUUGCCAAAGUAAAUGUUAGAGAGAUACGUAUAUAUAUAUUAUUUCUUGUUAUUAGUCAGUUCCUACACACACACACACACACACACACACACACACACACACACACACACACACACACACACACACACACAUCUUUACGUUUGUUUGUUUAUUUGUUUGUUUGUUUGUGUAGUGUGUAUGAUUAUGAGGUAUCAGGCUGCGUGUAUGAGUAAGGCAGUGUACCAAAGAUUUGUAUAUUAAUAAAAUUGUCCCUUUA